CACAUAAACCAAAACCAUGAAGAUUAUCGAGAUUCAAAAGCGUAAGCGGCCGCCGGUCGCCGGCCAUACGCCAGCUGUACCUGCAGCAGUAGCACGCCCUAAAGACACAAGAAAAGAGGCUAACCGGCAGUAACUGCUUCACCGUUACAAAACAAGUCCAACACCUUAGCCAAAUCUGCCAUAAUGCGUGUCACAGUUAACCGAACUUCUCCCCAUUCCCUCAUAGAACCUACAAAUGGGUUUGGUCUCAGUCUCUGCAGUUGAACUUCUUUUGCUGUUUUCACUGAGCUUCAUAUAUGUUCAUGGCGGUGCUAUUCGAACGACACUUGAUGGACCCUUCCAGCCCGUCACGGUCCCUCUUGACAAAAGGUUCCGCGGGAACGCCGUAGAUUUGCCGGAUACAGAUCGGCGAGUGCAAAGGAUCGUCGAAGGUUUUGAACCUGAGCAAAUCUCUGUGUCUCUCUCUGCAACGUAUGACUCUGUAUGGAUAUCUUGGAUCACAGGUGAAUUCCAAAUUGGGGACAACAUAACUCCAUUAGAUCCUGAAACUGUAGAAAGCGUUGUUCAAUAUGGAAUGUAUGGAUUUCCAAUAAGUGAUGAAGCAACUGGUUAUUCUCUUGUUUACAAUCAACUUUAUCCUUUUGAAGGCCUUCAAAACUACACUUCUGGAAUUAUUCACCACGUUUGCCUCACAGGGUUGGAACCUGACACACUAUAUCAGUAUCAAUGCGGAGAUCCUUCUAUACCAGCAAUGAGUGAUGUAUACUAUUUCAGGACUAUGCCAGUUUCUGGACCCGAGAGUUACCCUAGCAGAAUAGCAGUGGUGGGGGACCUUGGUCUGACAUACAAUACCACAUCAACAGUUGGCCACUUGAUGAGUAACCAUCCUGAUCUUGUUCUGCUGGUUGGGGAUGUUAGUUAUGCUAACUUGUAUCUCACAAAUGGAACUGGGUCUGAUUGCUACUCUUGUUCAUUUUCGGAUACUCCAAUUCAUGAAACUUAUCAGCCACGUUGGGAUUAUUGGGGAAGGUACAUGCAGCCUCUUGUGUCUAACGUUCCAAUUAUGGUGGUAGAAGGGAACCAUGAAAUUGAACAGCAGGCUGAAAAUCAGACUUUUGUUGCUUACAGUUCAAGAUUUGCAUUCCCAUCAGAAGAGAGUGGAUCAUCAUCCACAUUCUACUAUUCUUUUAAUGCAGGUGGGAUACAUUUUAUCAUGCUUGGCGCCUACAUUUCAUAUGACAAAUCAGGGGAUCAAUACGAGUGGUUGGAGAGGGACCUGGCUUUUGUUGACAGAGAAGUGACUCCGUGGUUGAUAGCUGCAUGGCACCCACCUUGGUACAGCACCUACAAGGCACAUUACAGAGAAGCAGAGUGUAUGAGGGUAGCGAUGGAAGACUUACUGUAUAAGUAUGGUGUUGACAUAGUCUUCAAUGGACAUGUUCAUGCCUAUGAGAGGUCAAACCGAGUAUAUAACUACACUCUGGAUCCCUGUGGUGCCGUCUAUAUCACAGUUGGUGAUGGUGGUAAUCGGGAGAAGAUGGCAAUUACACAUGCUGAUGAAGCUGGCAACUGCCCGGAACCAUCUACAACACCAGAUGAAUUUAUGGGUGGGUUCUGUGCUUUCAAUUUCACGUCAGGCCCAGCAGCUGGUAAGUUCUGUUGGGACAGGCAGCCAGACUAUAGUGCUUAUAGAGAAAGUAGCUUCGGCCAUGGGAUUCUAGAGGUGAAAAAUGAGACUCAUGCUUUGUGGACUUGGCACCGCAAUCAGGAUAUGUACAACAAUGCUGGAGAUGAGAUAUACAUUGUAAGGCAGCCUGAUAGGUGCCCAGUUGAAUCCGAGAUCCCCAAGUGAUAAAAGCCCCAUACAUUAAGCCCCAAAGAAGUACGAAGCAUGGAGAUAACUUUGGACUACUUGGUGGAACAGAGCAAGGAGCUCCGAAGGUGCAUUUGGUUACCAAUAUUAAAUGUACAAUAAAAGGAAUACAAAAGUAUGAUAAAAUAUUUUUUGGUCUACCAUUCUUUAAAAGAGAAAGUAAUAUCAUUGAAACAUGCAGACCAGUAUACAUAUACAAAAGUUGUUCUAAUUUCUUUA